AUGAGCAAGCAAGCCAACAAGCGGCUGCAAAAGGAGUAUGCCAAUCUUGCAAAGGCGCCUCCGCCGUUCAGCAUAGCUCGUGCAGAUGAGAGCAACCUAUUGGACUGCUUCUUCAUCAUGCGAGGCCCUCCUGAUUCGCCGUAUCAUGGCGGGGAAUACUUUGGCGUGCUCAGCUUUCCGUCAGACUAUCCUUUCAAGCCGCCUGGUAUCAAGAUGAUCACGCCCUCUGGGCGGUUCAGUCCGAACACCAAGCUCUGCACAUCUUUCUCAGACUUUCAUCCCGGCUCGUGGAACCCGGCCUGGUCGAUCGCGAGCAUCCUGACGGGCUUGCUGUCCUUUAUGCUUUCGGAUGAGAUCACGACAGGCUCUGUGAGGAGUACAGAUGCAGAGAAGCGCGAGAAAGCGCGAGCAUCGCACGACUUCAACCGUGCCAACCUCAAAUUCCGUACCAUCUUUCCAGAAUACGCAGAGCCGCAUAUACGCGAACUACCCAACAUGGGAGAAGCGGACAGAGGACCCAACGUGGCGGCUAUGCCUCCCACACCUGCAUCUGCCGCCUCAGAAGCGCAAGGAGCUGAUCCGGGAACAGCACGACCACAGGGCGAUGCGCUCGAGCUACCUCUGGCGCGGAACCCGUUAUUCAGACGUAUCGCCAUCGGCACGCUCGCCAUCGUCGCCGUGAGCGCAUUAGAUCUACAUCGAUCGCAUCGCGCGCGCAUCCUGGGCCUGCAGCUCAGUCCUACCCCUUUUGCCGCCAAGAUGGAGGAGGUCACCAGCAAGACGGUGCCCUCUGACCGCGGGCAGUCUCUCAGACCAGACGCCAAGACAGCGCGCUACGACAGACAGCUCAGAUUAUGGGCGACUGCAGGUCAAGCUGCGCUCGAGAAUGCCAACAUCCUCGUCGUCAGUGGUACAGCGACGGCGACUCAGACUCUCAAGAACCUCGUCCUGCCCGGUAUCGGCGCCUUCACCGUACUGGACGAAGUCAGAGUCAAGCCUGAAGACAUCGGUCACAAUUUCUUCUUGACGAGAGAUGCGGUUGGUCGCAGAAGGGCAGAAGAGGUCGUACCGCUGCUCUGCGAAAUGAACGAGGCAGUCAAAGGCAGUUCAGUCACAAGCAGUCUAGCAGCAUAUCUCGCUUCCGAUCCAGACGUCCUUGCGCCGUACUCCCUUGCGGUCUGUGUCAACACCCAUCCCUCUGAAACGCUCGCCUUGGCCGAUCGAUGCUGGGAACUCAGAAUACCGCUCAUCUCCGUCAAAUCGUGCGGCUUCAUCGGUUCUAUCCGCACGCAAGUGGAAGAGAUGCAGAUCGUAGAGACGCAUCCCGCAAACACGGUAGACUUGCGACUCGACGCGCCCUUUCCUGCGCUACUCGAGCACGUCAACAGCGUCCAAUUCGAAACGCUCGACAGCCUCGAACAUGGUCACAUUCCCUCUGUCGUCAUCCUGAUCAAAGUGCUUGAAGAGUGGCGAGCUCAGAGAGAGGGUCGCUUGCCAAAGACGUCGGCAGAGCGCAAUGAGAUAAAGAAGAACAUUCUCGCGCUCAAGCGGACAGCUGACGAGGAGAACUUUGACGAAGCGCUAGGUCUGGUCACGAAGCUCUUCAAUACCUCCAAAGUUCCGAGCGAGAUCGAAGCCCUUUUCAGUGAUUCACAAUGCGAGCACCUCAGUUCAGAGUCGACGUCUUUCUGGCUAUUGCUACGGGCAGUCCGUAACUUUGUCAGAUCGGAUAGCAGUGGUUCACAGGGUCUAUUACCUCUGACGGGGACACUGCCGGACAUGAAAGCGACUUCAGCAGGCUAUGUCGCUCUGCAACGCAUCUACAAACGAAAAGCCCAGCACGAUCUUGAAGCCGUCACUGUCGAGCUACACAAGAUCAUGCAGUUGCUCGACCGUGAUACCAACUCGAUACCAGAAGACCAGAUCAGCUCGUUCGUCAAGCACGCUGCGUAUCUCAAAGUACUCAGAGGUCGUUCGAUGCGAGAUGACUGGGAGCGUCCGCUCUUGAAAGGCGACCAACUUGCUUCUGAGCUUGCACAAGAGGACUCGCUCUUGGCAUGGUGUAUCGCUCUGCGUGCGGCAGAUCUCUUCCAUCUCCAAAAGCUCCGAUGGCCGGGUACAAGUGCAGCAGAUGCAGACGGUCUGUUGGACAUCGAAGCGAUGGAGAAGCAUGCGCUCAAAAUUCUCGAUACGCUCGAAGCCGGUGCGAUGACGGAAUCAUUACGCAAUGCGCUCAUUGAAGUAUGCCGUGCGGGCAACUCAGAUAUGCCGCAAAUUGCAGCCAUACUAGGAGGAAUCGUUUCGCAGGAAGCCAUCAAGCUCGUCACGCGACAGUACGUUCCCCUUAUAGGGACGUGCAUCUUUGAUGGCAUCAAGAGUCGCACGGGCGUCGUGUCGUUAUGA